CGUACACCUCUUUGCAGCGCAGGCGCACUAGUGCUUUAGCGGUAGGCUGAGGUGUGCUUCAUUCAGUGUGGCGAGUUUACAGCGGUACUUUAACACUUAUUUAGGGACAAAAAGCGACUCGUCAGACUUCAUGAUGAUUCGGAUAGCUGCGUUUUUGACAAUACUGGUGGUUGCCUGUUCGGGGGAGAGCUGCAAGGACCCAGUGAUCACCCCGUCGGCCUACACGACCUCUGACGCCGUCAUCUCGUCGGAGUCUGUCUUCAUCGUGGAGCUCAGCCUGACCUGCGCUAACGGAGCCCAGAGUGUCACUCUGUAUGCUGAUGUCAAUGGAAGACAGUUCCCUGUGACCAGAGGUCAGGAUGUUGGAAAAUACCAGGUGUCCUGGAGUCUUCCCCACAAACAGGCCAGCUCGGGAACGUAUCAGGUCAAAUUCUUUGACGAGGAGUCCUACAGCGCCCUCCGAAAGGCUCAGAGAAACAAUGAAGAUGUAAAUGCAAUUCAGCCUCUCUUCACCGUCAACAUUGACCACCGGGGUGCCUGGAGCGGCCCCUGGGUGUCGACUGAGGUCGUGGCUGGCCUGAUUGGCAUCCUGGUCUACUACAUGGCCUUCAGUGCCAAGAGCACCAUCCAAGCAUAACAUGAUCCACAGUCACUGCCUGUGACUACCGGAUCUUUGAAAAGACUGAAUUCUGGCGGAGCUGGAUUAAUUAAUCCAUCACCAUCGCUGCAGCCGAACCAACAGGCUUCUGCCGCUUUCUGCUUCCGGGAAACAAGCAGAGGUUGCAGUCUUUAUUUCUUUUACUCAGGCUGUCUUUUUGUCUUUUCAGACAAUUUUUUUAGUCACAAAAAAAAAAGAAAAAUUGUGACAAAAAACGUUCCUGUCCUAUAAAUGUUCUGUCCAUUUAUAUGGGCUUUUUUUUAAUUUUAGCAUCAAAUCAGAUUAAUCUGAACAAACAUUAAACACGCUCUGUAUUCAGACCAGUUUAAAACCCAUUGAUUGAUCCACACCAGAGCUGUCUUCUGAGUGGGUGAACUGGUCAGAGUGGGAUGUGUGCAGAUGGUUUGAACGCCGGUCGAGUUGAGCUUUCCGCGAACAUGAAAUGUCAACAGAGCGAGAGCGCUGACUGGUCAGAACAGGCCUUUGUAGACGCGUCUCUUCCUGGAAUAUUAAUAAAUGACUUCUUGUUA